UCCACUGUAUCUGGGAGUUUUUCUCGUUGAUGGUUUCACGGCAGUAGUUUGUAGUCUUCACACCAGAGGGAGAGACCGUCCUGGAUAAGAACAACAACAAAAAAAGGCUGCUGGGAUUGUUUUAGGCUUUUGUAGCAGGAGUCUGGGAGAAAACUGCCUUGGGUAGUAGGAUAUUUACUUGGAGAGUGAGCUUAAAGUUGUCACCAUGCCGGUUUUUCACACGAAGACGAUAGAAAGUAUCCUGGAGCCGGUGGCUCAGCAGAUAUCCCAUCUGGUGAUAAUGCAUGAAGAAGGUGAAGUUGACGGAAAAGGUAUCCCGGAUCUGUCGGCGCCGGUGGCUGCCGUACAGGCGGCCGUCAGCAACCUUGUUCGGGUUGGAAAGGAGACUGUACAAACCACGGAAGACCAGAUCAUGAAAAGGGACAUGCCACCAGCUUUUUAUCAAGUGGAGAAUGCGUGCACUAAGUUGGUGCAGGCGGCCUCUAUGCUGAAAGCCGAUCCAUACUCUGUCCCUGCCCGGGAUUACCUCAUCGAUGGCUCUCGGGGCAUCCUGUCUGGGACCUCUGAUCUGCUCCUGACCUUUGAUGAGGCCGAGGUCCGCAAAAUAAUCCGUGUGUGCAAAGGCAUUCUGGAGUAUCUGACCGUGGCAGAGGUGGUGGAGUCAAUGGAGGAUUUAAUCACCUACACAAAGAACCUGGGGCCAGGUAUGACGAAGAUGGCAAAGAUGAUAGAUGAGCGACAGCAGGAGCUCACACAUCAGGAGCAUCGUGUGAUGUUGGUCAACUCCAUGAACACAGUCAAAGAGCUGCUGCCCAUCCUCAUCUCAGGUAUCAAAAUUUUUGUGACAACCAAGACAUCGGGGAGCCAGGGUGUGGAAGAGGCCUUGAAAAACCGUAACUUCACUUUUGAGAAGAUGAGUGCCGAGAUAAACGAAAUCAUCAGAGUGUUGCAGCUUACAUCCUGGGACGAGGAUGCAUGGGCCAACAAGGACACAGAGGCCAUGAAGAGGGCUCUGGGGCUCAUUGAUUCAAAGAUGGCUCAGGCUAAGAACUGGCUGAGGGAUCCAAAUGCUCAACCAGGGGACGCAGGCGAGCAGGCCAUCCGACAGAUCCUGGAUGAAGCUGGUAAAGUGGGUGAACUAUGUGCAGGGAAGGAGCGCAGAGACAUCCUGGGAACAGCCAAGACUCUGGGCCAGAUGACCGACCAGGUGUCUGAGAUGAGGGCCAGAGGUCAAGGUGCAUCUCCAGCCGCCAUGCAGAAAGCACAGCAGGUCUCCCAAGGGCUGGAUGUGCUCACAGGCAAAGUGGAAAAUGCUGCUCGCAAACUGGAGGCCAUGACUAAUUCUAAGCAGGCCAUCGCGAAACGGAUUGAUGCCGCACAGAACUGGCUGGCAGACCCUAACGGUAGCCCAGAGGGAGAGGAGAAUAUCAAGGCCCUGGUUGCUGAGGCUAAAAAGAUUGCAGACAUGUGUGAGGAUCCCAAAGAAAGAGAUGACAUAUUGCGCUCUGUUGGAGAGAUCGCUGCCAUGACUGCCAAGCUGUCUGAUCUCAGAAGACAGGGUAAAGGUGACACGCCAGAGGCCAGAGCUUUGGCUAAACAGAUCGCAACAGCUCUGCAGAACCUGCAAUCCAAGACCAACAAAGCUGUGGCCAACAGCAGGCCUGCAAAGGCAGCUGUUCACUUGGAAGGGAAGAUCGAGCAGGCACAGCGCUGGAUUGACAAUCCCACCAUGGAUGACAGUGGUGUGGGCCAGGCAGCUCUCCGUGGCCUGGUGGCAGAAGGCCGCAGGCUGGCCAACGCUCUGCCAGGCCCAUACAGGCAGGAGCUGCUGGGUAAGUGCGAGCAGGUGGAGCAGCUCAUGGCCCAGCUGGCCGACCUGGCUGCCCGCGGUGAAGGGGACUCCCCUCAGGCACGUGCUGUGGCUCAGCAGCUCCAGGAGGCCUUGAAAGACCUGAAAGGAAAGAUGCAAGAGGCAAUGACUCAGGAGGUUUCCGACAUCUUCAGCGACACAACCACCCCCAUUAAAUUACUGGCAGUGGCUGCAACUGCCCCGCUGGACGCCCCCAACAGAGAUGAGGUCUUUGAGGAUAGAGCUGCCAACUUUGAGAACCACGCCAAUAAGCUUGGCACCACAGCAGAGAAGGCUGCUGCUGUUGGCACCGCGAACAAGAGCACAGUGGAGGGAAUCCAGGCUGCCGUCAAGUCAACAAGAGACUUAACACCACAAGUGGUAUCUGCUGCUCGUAUUCUGCUGAGAAACCCUGGCAACCAGGCUGCAUAUGAACAUUUUGAAACCAUGAAGAAUCAGUGGAUUGACAAUGUGGAGAAAAUGACAGGUUUGGUGGACGAGGCCAUCGAUACCAAAUCUCUGCUCGAUGCCUCAGAGGAGGCCAUAAAGAAGGACCUGGAUAAGUGCCGUGUGGCCAUGGCCAAUCACCAGCCUCAGAUGCUGGUAGCCGGUGCCACCAGCAUCGCCCGCAGAGCCAACCGCAUCCUCCUCGUGGCAAAGCGAGAGGUCGAGAAUUCUGAGGACCCUAAGUUCAGGGAGGUGGUGAAGGCUGCAUCUGACGAACUGAGCCAAACAAUUUCUCCUAUGGUGAUGGAAGCCAAGGCUGUGGCUGGAAAUAUCCAGGAUCCAAGUCUUCAGAAGGGCUUUCUGGAUUCAGGUUACAAGAUUCUUGGUGCUGUGGCAAAGGUUAGGGAGGCCUUCCAGCCCAUCGAGCCAGACUUCCCACCACCUCCUCCUGAAAUAGAGCAACUUAAUCUUAACGAUGAAGCAGCACCUCCCAAGCCUCCUCUUCCAGAGGGUGAGGUUCCUCCCCCCAGGCCUCCUCCCCCAGAGGAGAAAGAUGAGGAGUUCCCUGAGCAGAAGGCUGGUGACAUGGUGAAUGAGCCCAUGAUGGUGGCGGCCAGGCAGCUUCACGAUGAAGCUCGCAAAUGGUCCAGCAAAGGAAAUGACAUCAUUGGUGCUGCCAAACGAAUGGCCUUGCUCAUGGCAGAGAUGUCCCGCCUGGUGCGUGGAGGCAGCGGAAACAAGCGCGCCCUCAUCCAGUGCGCCAAAGACAUCGCUAAGGCUUCUGAUGAAGUCACACGGCUGGCUAAGGAGGUGGCCAAGCAGUGCACCGACAAACGUAUCCGGACCAACCUGCUCCAGGUGUGUGAGCGCAUUCCCACCAUCAGCACUCAGCUCAAAAUCCUGUCCACAGUCAAGGCCACCAUGUUGGGUCGUACCAACAUCAGCGAGGAGGAGUCAGAGCAGGCGACUGAGAUGUUGGUCCACAACGCUCAGAAUCUGAUGCAGUCUGUGAAGGAGACGGUCAGAGAGGCCGAGGCAGCUUCCAUUAAGAUCCGGACAGAUGCAGGUUUCACCCUCCACUGGGUCAGAAAAACCCCCUGGUACCAGUAAGAGAAGGGCUGUUGUUCCUCUGCCUAUGCUGGUUCUGUCCAGCCGUCCAGGAGGACAUUGAAUGGACAGAUAUAUGCUUUAUCAGAGCUCAGUGCCCCGCAUCCUAAUAUGGGCAAAGUCUCUCUAUUAGUCCCAUUUCCUGUCUGUAACAGUUGCUGUUCUGGUAGAAUGUAAACGAUGGGACUAUCAGUGCGAGUUAUGCGUUAGAAUCUCACUGGGAACGUCUUUUUUUUCCUCCUAAAGUGUGUAAAAAUAUGUUUUAAAGGUUAUUUUGACAAAUCCCAGGAAUAUAUAUAUUUUGAUCAGAGGUUAGAUUUCAUAUAAUGUGAGGGUGAUUGUUUCUGGUCUCUCCUAAACCACAGUAAGUUAAAUUUAAACGACAGGAUUUUCUCAAGAGACGUUUUUAUAUGUUUGUGCUGAUAAUUUUAUAAUCACUAUCACUCAUUUACUUAGGCAAGGAAAAGCACACGAACUCGAGGAGUUGUUACAAGUACAGCACCGGCCUAUGCUCAGCACACGCAAAUUCUAUUCAGCGGUAUUAUGUCUGUUUACACUAUUCUGUAUUAUGACAAGUGAAAAAGGAACACUGAUCUUUAUUUUACAUAUUGUAAUGCAGUUGUAGCAGUCUUUAUUUUCUUCAGAGUUCUGCCAAAGAUAUUCUACCAUGAUAUUUGAACGUAUAGUUGUCUUUUUUUUGUUGUUGUCAGCAAUACAUAUUUGAGUUUAAGGGCUAGUUUUUAGACGACUAAAAGCUGAAGCUAACUAAAAUUAACAGCAGGCAAAGCCAUGAAGUCUGGAUUUGCCUCAUUCAACUCAUUCUAGAUAUGUGUAAAGUUUCACAUGUUGCAUUGAGAUUACAUGUAAUAAACAAACUUGUGCUACACUAUCCGGCCUCAUAGCCAAAAGUUAUCACUCUAAUUUUAAUAGCAAGCUCACAAAGCUUAGUCUCAUGAGAGGCUCGUCUUGCCUGCUGUUUUUUUUCUUUAUUAACGCUGCACACAGUUGUACGUCUCAUUUUUUUGUUGUUGUGCACAAUCAUUUUUUUGUGAUAUAUGAAUUGCACACUUCUUCUAGGUAGUCAAGGGAACGAGCAGGGCUUAGAGAUGAAGCACAGAGUCUGCAGCUGGUGAAAUCUUCAGUUUAUAUUCUCGCAUUCGUCUCAGCCUGUCUUGAUACACUAAAAAUAAAUGGCCGCUGCUUUGUGGCAACUGUAGUGGAUACUUUAAAAUAUCUGGAGACUGUCGGUGUGAAUGUGUCCUAAUAAGUGUCUGAUACCAACUGAGGUGCCUUGCGAAAUAAACUUUAUUUGCAAUUGAUGACAGUUUUCAUUUUAGGAUGUUUUGUAUCAUGGUGUUGAUUUUUUUUAAAAACACCUGUUGUACAUGAUUCUUCUUAAAGGUUACACCGGAUUCAUGACUUUUACUCAAAUGAUGCUCUAUGCAAACCCUGAAAAUGUUUUUCUCUUUUUUUUUCUUGAGAUCAUGAAAUUAUGCAACUUAGUUGGGUUUAAAGGGCCUGAACAUCAUUUUGCUUAGGCACUGUUCACAUUUUUGUAAUAAAGCAUUUUAUAGCACUUUGA